AUGGCUACCAGAGGGAGUGGCCGGCCCAAUUGCACGCUGCCCCAGACAAAGAUAUGCCAGUUUAAACUGGUGUUGCUGGGAGACAUGGCUGUGGGCAAGUCCAGCCUGGUGCUGCGCUUCGUCAAGGGACAGUUUGAUGAGUUCCAGGAGACCACCAUCGGAGGUGAGGAGAGAGGGGAGGGGGAGGAGAGGGAGAAGUUGACUGGCACACUGUUGGCCCCAGAUCAGGGUUGGGCAACUCUCUGUUCCUGGAGUGCCGCAACAAAAGUUUCUGUUAAAAACACUGUGAGAAAUGUAUUCCUGGACCAAGAAUGGAGGGUUUGCUGAGAUGAAAGGACUGAGUUGUACAUCAUUAGUUUUACAUUCUCUGUCUCUCUCUCUCUCUCAGCUGCAUUCCUGGCCCAGUCUGUGUGUCUAGAUGACACCACUGUGAAGUUUGAGAUCUGGGACACGGCGGGACAGGAGCGCUACCACAGUCUGGCUCCCAUGUACUACCGCGGGGCACAGGCAGCUAUUGUGGUCUUUGACAUCACCAAGCCGGUACAGUCAUCAUUCAGCGCACCACAGAGAUGCAUGCUCAGAGCUAACUUGAGGAGUAAACAAUCAAUGUAUUGGGCGAUUCCAUGCCAACGGGAACAGAAAAUAGUGUUGGUAUUUCAGAUUGUUCUGGCAAUUCUCACAUAGGAACUUUCAUAGCUUUCACCUGGAUUCACCUGGUCAGUCUGUGUCAUGAAAAGAUCAGGUGUUCUUAAUGUUUUGUAUGCUCAGUGUAUACAUGCCUCCUGUAAGACCCUAUGAUCUGUGAACCGUACAUAAUACAGACAACAUCUUGGUGUCAUUAUACUCCUUAUAGUGUUCUCUCAAAUAUGGAGUAUGUCAAGAUUCUGAAAAAAAAAUGUUCACAUUCAUUUAUUCAACAUGACAAAUAUUAAUAUCUCAAAACUACCUUUUUUGAUUUUGUUUAUUUUUGGACACAUUGUUUGUAACAGUAUACUCUUCAAACACGCCACAUUUCCAGAGUGGGCUCUCUGGGACUUUUAAUGAUAUGACCCAUUUAUACAUAGAAAUUGACAUUAUAGGUCAUUAACCAAUCACAGCCCUGCUUUAGGAUUGCACAUUCAGCAAAUCACCAGUAGUGGGAGUUCCCUUUGAAUCCCUUUACCACUCACUAUGUUGGUGGUGCUCAUAAAAUCUAUCAUACCUUCAGAAUUAGCAGAGAGCCCACUCUGAAAUGUGAUGUACUUAUAGAGGUUAUUGGUCCAAACAAUAUGUCUUAAAAUGAACAAAAUCAAAAAGGGUAGUUUUGAGAUAAAUAUUUUUAAUGUUGAAUAAAUUAAUGUGAAAAAUUAUAUUUCAGAAUCAAGACAUACUCCAAAUUUUAGAGCAAACUAUAAGGAGUAUAAUUAUUUGAUUUAUUUAACCUUUAUUUAACUAGGCAAGUGACAGCCUACCAAGAGGCAAAAUGCCUCCUGUGGGAACGGGGGCUGGGAUUCAAAAUAAAAAUGUAGGACAAAACACACAUCACGAAAAUAGACACCACAACACUACAUAAAGAGAGACACCACAACACUACAUAAAGAGAGACACCACAACACUACAUAAAGAGAGACAACAACACUACAUAAAGAGAGACACCACAACACUACAUAGAGACACCACAACACUACAUAAAGAGAGACGCCACAACACUACAUAAAGAGAGACGCCACAACACUACAUAAAGAGAGACACCACCACACUACAUAAAGAGAGACACCACAACACUACAUAAAGAGAGACACCACAACACUACAUAAAGAGAGACACCACAACACUACAUAAAGAGAGACACCACAACACUACAUAAAGAGAGACGCCACAACACUACAUAAAGAGAGACACCACAACACUACAUAAAGAGAGACACCACAACACUACAUAAAGAGAGACACCACAACACUACAUAAAGAGAGACACCACAACACUACAUAAAGAGAGACACCACAACACUACAUAAAGAGAGACACCACAACACUACAUAAAGAGAGACACCACAACACUACAUAAAGAGAGACACCACAACACUACAUAAAGAGAGACACCACAACACUACAUAAAGAGAGACACCACAACACUACAUAAAGAGAGACACCACAACACUACAUAAAGAGAGACACCACAACACUACAUAAAGAGAGACACUACAUAAAGAGAGACACCACAACACUACAUAGAGAUGCCACAACACUACAUAAAGAGAGACGCCACAACACUACAUAAAGAGAGACCCCACAACACUACAUAAAGAGAGACGCCACAACACUACAUAAAGAGAGACGCCACAACACUACAUAAAGGGAGACACCACAACACUACAUAAAGAGAGACACCACAACACUACAUAAAGAGAGACACCACAACACUACAUAAAGAGAGACACCACAACACUACAUACAGUGGGGGAAAAAGUAUUUAGUCAGCCACCAAUUGUGCAAGUUCUCCCACUUAAAAAGAUGAGAGAGUCCUGUAAUUUUCAUCAUAGGUACACGUCAACUAUGACAGACAAAUUGAGAAGAAAAAAAUCCAGAAAAUCACAUUGUAGGAUUUUUUAUGAAUUUAUUUGCAAAUGAUGGUGGAAAAUAAGUAUUUGGUCACCUACAAACAAGCAAGAUUUCUGGCUCUCACAGACCUGUAACUUCUUCUUUAAGAGGCUCCUCUGUCCUCCACUCGUUACCUGUAUUAAUGGCACCUGUUUGAACUUGUUAUCAGUAUAAAAGACACCUGUCCACAACCUCAAACAGUCACACUCCAAACUCCACUAUGGCCAAGACCAAAGAGCUGUCAAAGGACACAAGAAACAAAAUUGUAGACCUGCCACCAGGCUGGGAAGACUGAAUCUGCAAUAGGUAAGCAGCUUGGUUUGAAUAAAUCAACUGUGGGAGCAAUUAUUAGGAAAUGGAAGACAUACAAGACCACUGAUAAUCUCCCUCGAUCUGGGGCUCCACGCAAGAUCUCACCCCGUGGGGUCAAAAUGAUCACAAGAACGGUGAGCAAAAAUCCCAGAACCACACGGGGGGACCUAGUGAAUGACCUGCAGAGAGCUGGGACCAAAGUAACAAAGCCUACCAUCAGUAACACACUACGCCGCCAGGGACUCAAAUCCUGCAGUGCCAGAUGUGUCCCCCUGCUUAAGCCAGUACAUGUCCAGGCCCGUCUGAAGUUUGCUAGAGUGCAUUUGGAUGAUCCAGAAGAGGAUUGGGAGAAUGUCAUAUGGUCAGAUGAAACCAAAAUAGAACUUUUUGGUAAAAACUCAACUCGUCGUGUUUGGAGGACAAAGAAUGCUGAGUUGCAUCCAAAGAACACCAUACCUACUGUGAAGCAUGGGGUGGAAACAUCAUGCUUUGGGGCUGUUUUUCUGCAAAGGGACCAGGACGACUGAUCCGUGUAAAGGAAAGAAUGAAUGGGGCCAUGUAUCGUGAGAUUUUGAGUGAAAACCUCCUUCCAUCAGCAAGGGCAUUGAAGAUGAAACGUGGCUGGGUCUUUCAGCAUGACAAUGAUCCCACACCGCCCGGGCAAUGAAGGAGUGGCUUCGUAAGAAGCAUUUCAAGGUCCUGGAGUGGCCUAGCCAGUCUCCAGAUCUCAACCCCAUAGAAAAUCUUUGGAGGGAGUUGAAAGUCCGUGUUGCCCAGCGACAGCCCCAAAACAUCACUGCUCUAGAGGAGAUCUGCAUGGAGGAAUGGGCCAAAAUACCAGCAACAGUGUGUGAAAACCUUGUGAAGACUUACAGAAAACGUUUGACCUGUGUCAUUGCCAACAAAGGGUACAUAACAAAGUAUUGAGAAACUUUUGUUAUUGACCAAAUACUUAUUUUCCACCAUAAUUUGCAAAUAAAUUCAUUAAAAAUCCUACAAUGUGAUUUUCUGGAUUUUUUUUCUCAUUUUGUCUGUCAUAGUUGACGUGUACCUAUGAUGAAAAUUACAGGCCUCUCUCAUCUUUUUAAGUGGGAGAACUUGCACAAUUGGUGGCUGACUAAAUACUUUUUUUCCCCACUGUAAAGAGAGACGCCACAACACUACAUAGAGACGCCACAACACUACAUAAAGAGAGACGCCACAACACUACAUAAAGAGAGACACCACAACACUACAUAAAGAGAGACGCCACAACACUACAUAAAGAGAGACCUAUGACAGCAACACAACACAGUAGCAACAUGACAACAACAGAUGGUAGCAACACAACAUGGCAGCAGCGCAUGGCAGCAGUGCGUAAUUUACAUUUACAUUUUUAGUCAUUUAGCAGACGCUCUUAUCCAGAGCGACUUACAUGAGCAAUUAGGGUUAAGUGCCUUGCUCAAGGGCACAUCGACAGAUUUUUCACCUAGUUGGCUCGGGGAUUAGAACCAGCAACCUUUCGGUUACUGGUACAACGCUCUUAAUCACUAUGCUACCUGCCGCCCCAUGACACCAAGCUGUUGUCUGUAUUAUGUAAGGUUCACAGAUCAUAGGGUCUUACAGGAAGCAUGUAUAGGUUUAAAAAGGGCCUAAAAUGGCCACUUCCAUCAUUAUUUUCUCCAAAAUGGUUUGUGAUACAAAUGUAAAAAGCAUUUCAUAGACCCUUCUUUCCUUCUAUGUGAGAAUUGCCAGAUCAAUCUGAGAUACCAAUCAUUUCUGCUUGCAUGGAAUCGCCCCAUUGUACUCUAGCCCCCUCUAUCAUGUGAACAUUGCCAUGUUAUUUAAAUGUUGUACUGUAUCUGACUCCUCCUCUUUCUCACCUCCUCGCCCCUCUCUGUCCCUCUCCUAUGGCCUCUGCUCUCUGUCCCUCUCCUAUGGCCUCUGCUCUCUGUCCCUCUCCUAUGGCCUCUGCUCUCUGUCCCUCUCCUAUGGCCUCUGCUCUCUGUCCCUCUCCUAUGGCCUCUGCUCUCUGUCCCUCUCCUAUGGCCUCUGCUCUCUGUCCCUCUCCUAUGGCCUCCUGUAGGAGACAUUUGAGCGAGCCAAAGCCUGGGUGAAGGAGCUACAGAGGCAGGCUAGCCCCAACAUUGUCAUCGCUCUGGCAGGGAACAAGGCUGACCUGGCUGAGAAGAGACUAGUGGAGUAUGAGGUAAAGUACUCAACACUGACUCUGUAACAUGUUCUGGCCGUCACUAUACACUGACAUAAUGUUAUAUCAAAUAUAACAUUUUAAACACUGGGGAUUCCCAAUACUGAUGGAUGGUUGCCUCCUGUCUGUGACAGGAGGCCCAGACCUAUUCUGAAGACACUGGGCUUCUCUUCAUGGAGACCUCUGCCAAGACCGCCAUGAAUGUCAACGAACUGUUCCUGGCCAUUGGUAAGCUUCCAUCGUCCCCCAUCAAUCUAUAGGGCUACUUAUAGGGAUCACAAUUUUUGUUAAUUUCAAUUGUUGGCCUAAUAACAAAACAUUUAAGUUUUUCAUGACCACAUGACCUGCCCAAGAAAAACUCCAAGGCCCUAGUUAGAACUAGGUCAGAAUAAUAAUAACAUAACAAAGAUGAUUAUUGACCUCUAACAAAGUGUGUUCCACUGUCUCUGCAGCCAAAAAGAUGCCAAAAACCGACACCCAGAACCCUACACACGCAGCACGACACCGGGGCGUGAACCUACAGGACCCUGACGCCCACAACACCCGGUCUUGCUGUGGAGGAGGAGGGAACUAG